GUCUUUAUCUGAUUGCUGCAUUGUAUGCCUGCACCUUUGCCGGCAUAAAACUACGUGACUGGGGAUAUGCGCGACGGGAGGCGCGCCUCAACGAGAACCGUGAAGUGCGCAUAGCCUUGAUGCCCUUCCUCAUUGCCGAACAACAGCGCAUGUACUUGAAACACCUUAUUAAGAACCGGGACUACGAGAAGGAACUGAUGAAGGAUGUGCCCGGCUGGGAGGUCGGCCAUUGGCAUGACUGCCCCCUCUACCACAACCCGCGUGACCUCUGGUGUGAGCCUAGCUUGCAAGAAUACUACGCUCAUCAGUCUAAAAAGAUGCGAGAGAAACAUCUAUAUGCCCAUAUGGAGUACUAA